AUGUCGUCAUCGUCGCCGUCUUCACCCCUGCUCGGCACACCCUAUAUCCUCGCACAAUCGACGCCCACCUCUUCGCAGACGCACCUCACCCAAAUCACGCCCUCGCUCUGCUCGAACCUCUCCGCCUUUAAAGCGCUACUCCGUUCCUCGCGAGCGCUCGACGACUCGAUCGCACUCCGUCUCAAUCGCGCCAGCGCCCUGCACCGAUCGUUCUCUAACCCAGACGGCGACAGCUGCGAUUCGUUUUGGAACGAGCUCACAACGCGGUGGAACGAGCGAACGCGCGUUUUGGCCUUUUGCGAUCAGGUUCAUUUGGCCCAGACGCGCACUUCCUCACUGCCGACCGCGGAUUCGACCAGGAUAGAGAGAGGGUUGGAUCGGGAUCGGUUCACGAACCGAGGUAGAGGCGAGACCGAAGUAGAGGUCAAGGUAAGCCCUAGCUCGUCGUUUGGGUGACGGAACAUUCCCUUUCUGAAAGGCGAGAAUAACGCUCACUCGCUCCCGCUGCCCCAUUCGAACAGCGACGACAACUGCGCACCGAGACCAACGUCGAAGCCAUCAUACGCGCACGCUCCUUGGACCUCUUUGUCUCGCGAUGCCCUUACCACCCUCAACAACCCGCGCCGAUACCCUUGCCCGAAUAUACAACCGACAACUCUUCAGGUCCUGAUGACGCGGUCGCGCGAAGAGGCCGGGAUGGACGAGGUGGGGUCAAUUGGAAUGGUUGA